AUGAAAAACUUUAUCAUCCUGUUCUGUGUUAUUUUUACUUUAAUUGGUAUUGCUGAUUUGCAAAGUACGACCGCGAAAGCAAGUACCUCACAAACAACUGUGAAGACUACGCCAAAAACAACUCCAAAUACUCCAUCACAAACUACUGUUAAGACCACACCAAGGACAACUCCAAAUACUCCAUCACAAACUACUGUGAGAACUACACCAAAAACAACUCCAAAUACCCCCUCACAGACCACUGUGAGAACGACGCCAAGAACAACUCCAAACACUCCAUCACAAACUACUAUGAAAACUACACCAAGAACAACUCCAAAUACUCCAUCACAAACUACUGCCAAGACGACACCAAGAACAACUCCACGUCCAUCACCAUCAAUGUGUUACAAAAUGAGUUCGUCUCCAUCUUCGAGUGCAGAUACUAAUCGAGGUCUUGAUUCAGGUGUAUGUGCUUUAUAUAAUUAUAAUGGGUGUACUUGGAGAUCAGUUAUGGGUGUUAAUACAUAUACUUGUUGCUGUCGUCACGAUUUUUGUAAUACAGCUCUUCCAAGUUCGAAAUCAACUAUUUAUUUUGUAUUUUUAUCAUUGAUGAUUCUUUUUUUAUCAAAGAAUAUUUAUUAA